ACACAGCAAAUCUCCAAAUUAGAACAUCAUCCCAUAUGUUUAGUGAUGUUAAAUUCCAGGAGCACGAAACAUCAGAACUCAUUCGGCAGACCAGACGACAUCGUCGCCGCCGAGACGCUAGCGAAUCACGUACGAUGUAACAACUCCUUCGUACACGCCGUGUUCCAAGCACAGUUCCGGUCUAGUCUAACUUGUCCAAGAUGUCAUCGGCAAUCGAACACCUUUGACCCCUUUCUGUGCGUGUCAGUGCCAGUGCCGCAGAAUCAUCGCCAGAUGAAUCUCUAUGUAAAUGUCCUCUACACAUCCCAACAACCGCGGCAAGUCAAAAUCGGCGUCAGCGUAAAUCAAGCGGCCAAUGUGAGAGAGCUGAGAGAAAUUCUGGCUAGCGACACCGGUGUAGAUGAAAAUCAUAUGCUACUGACCGAAAUUCAUGACGAAGGAUUUCAUAGAACCUUCUCCGACUGUCAACCUCUAUCCGUAAUCAUGGAGAACGAUCCGCUUUAUUGCAUCGAGUUGCCGCAGCUGAAGGAACCUACGGAACAAGCGUACAUCUUGUUAGUGUGGAUCAACGUCCUCGUAAAGGGCGAUCUGAGACAACGUUUUGGCAGCCCGUACACGAUGCAGGUGUCGCGCGAGACAUCCUACGAGGAUCUACAGAAACUUUUGCUGAAGGAGAUGCACAGCACGCUGGCGGACGACGUUCUCACGACCAGCCAGAGCCCAGGGCUCUUCAAUAUUCGCGUAGCGGAUCCAGCGGCGACGCCGAUCCAAGAUGAACAUCCUUGCAUCGAUCCUUGCGUGGAGCAUCCGCUUUACACGGAGCAGAUUGAGCAGGCGUUGGCCCUUUGCGCCGACGACUCGGGUCCGCAGCAUGUAAAGUUGAUUCUCGAGUGGGACGAAGCCACGAAGCGAAACAUUAUACAGGACGACAGCGAUCAGAUCGAGGAGCACGCCAGUGUGAAACAAUUGAAGACCAAUUCCGAACUGGGCGGCGCUGUCACUCUGGAGGAGUGUUUCGAUCUGUACACGCGAGCGGAGAUACUGGGCGCGGAGGAUGCGUGGCAUUGUCCCUACUGCAACAAAAAGCAGGAGGUUGUGAAAAAAUUAGGCCUCUGGUCGCUGCCCGAUAUAUUGGUCAUACAUUUGAAAAGGUUUCGUCAGCAGUCUAAGCAGCGGUCAACGUCCAAGCUAACUAUGCUGGUGGACUUCCCUUUGUACGGCUUCGACAUGACACCGCACCUCGCUCACAAUGGCGUCCAGACGGCGCAUAACAAUGUUACUAGCUUAGGCGGUCUGGGCUGGUCGCCUUGGAAAAAGCCGCGGCCGCGGCAACACAAUUUUCCCAAGUACGACGAGAAUGUUUAUGAUCUCUACGCGAUAUGCAACCAUCACGGGCAGGAUCUUCAGGGCGGGCAUUACACGGCGUUUUGCAGGAAUCCGUACGACACGCAAUGGUACUGCUUCGACGACACGCGUGUCGAAGCGGUCAACGACACGAAUCUUAUUACGAAUUCGGCGUACAUGUUGUUUUAUCAGCGGAGAGGCUUGUGCAAUAACUCCACAGGAAAUUCGUCCGCGGCGUCUACGAGCUCAGCUGGUUCCGGUCUGGAUCACUGGGUGUCGAAGAUGCCACCGUUUUAUUUCAACAAUAAAAGCGCCAGUGACAUGACGAACAACAAGCAAAGUAAAUCGCAAGAGAUACUGUGUCAGGAGAAGAUCGUCGAGGAGAAGAACAUGACUAAUUUCACUCGAGGUUGUGGCAAUUACGCGACUCUGCAGCCAAAGAAGAGGAACGCGGCGACGGAAACCGAUAUCGGGCAGAUCGAUCACUAUUCGGACGACGAGGCACCUUGUAGAAGAGAAUGGGCUUCUCCGAAACCCGUACGGAAAACCUCAUCCAUCACGUUGACGCCACACAUACCGCCAGCUAUAAUCCAGAAUGCUAGCAGCGAUCCAAAUACAACAGUGAUACACGAAUCUACGUUGUAACACACGAUAUAAGCCAGACUGAGAAGUCUGGCUCGAGCGAUGCUCAAUGUACAGUGCCUGGUGUGCCGUGAUGUUUGACCAACAUCGAGUGGCGAGAUAAAACAAGAACAAUUCUGGUAGAAUACAAAUCUGUUAUUUUUCGAUUACCCGAUAGGGACGAUAUAUACUUAGAGACAAGGGGAAAAAAAAAAUCGUUCCUUCGAAUUUAUAUAGGAAUGCUUUUUCGUACUACGGAUGCCGAAACGGAUAACGAAUUUUAGCAGCGUGCUUGUCUCUCCGCGUGUUAUUUCGGGAAGUGUGAUAAAUUUACACACCGGCGACUUUUUCAGGACGAUAGAAAUACGAGGCAUUAGUAAUUUUUGUAAUUGUAAUACCAUGUUUGUAUACAGCUCGCGUGGAUUGUAUAUGAUAGCUGCUAAGAUAGCUUUUUAAAAGAAGACAAAUCUUAUACUCAGUAUAUGAAGAAUCGCGUAUUCUUAAGAAAAAAAACCUCUAGUGUUUAUUAAUAAUAAUAAUAUCUAAUUAGACCUUCUCUCUCGAUGCAAUAGACAACUAAAUUCUACAUAUGUCCAGAGGGAAAGGAAGCUAUUUCCAGAGCUACAAUUUGUGCAAUUACAAUUUGUCUAUAAUGUCGUUAUGUCAACGUGGUUCGCAUUGUGUCAAUUCUUUCUUACAAUGAAAGUAUAUGACAAUAACGAGAAAUUUUUAUGUUACAGAUUUUACAUCGACGCGUCUCGUUUUUGUUUUUUUUCUUUUUUUUUCUUUUUCAGAAUCGGUCGUUUCUGGACAUACUUUGUAGCUAUAAACGAUUGCUUUGAAUCUAUGCUUAAUUGUAAUAUUUAUAUUAUACCUGUAUCAUCCACUAGUGGCCUUAUCUAAAUAAUUAAUACUGAUACACGUCAUUACUAAGCAUAUUAAUCACACUUAUUACUUAGAGCAUUUUAUUUUAGAUAUCGAGAUUGUUUUGCAAUAAUUUUGCAAAGCCGGGCUAUAAUAUUAGUUUUGCAAUCCUUGUCUGAUCUACAUUAUUUAGGAAGCACUGUAAGUGUUACAUCAUUUGAAUUCUUCCAAGGUCUCUGUGGAUACAAUACUCCACUAACGCUAAAAAGAAUGAUUUGUUUUAGUACAGAAGAGCUUUUUCUAUAUAGAAUGAUCCAUGUAAAGUGUUGCGCAAGCUGUUUUCUCGGAAACUAUUAAAAUUAGCAACAAAUUUUUUUCUUCUAGGAUACUCUAGUAACUUUUGGGAAAACAGCUCGCAAAACACUUGUGUGCGUGAAACACUCUUGCAAUGAGUGUAUGAAUAUACACCAAUUAGGGGAAAGGGUGGCGUAAGACGGACCCUCUAAGCGAAAAUGGCCA